AUGAAACAGGAAAAUCUAGAUAAAUAUGAUGUGAGCACAGAUGGAAAGAUUUUAAGUAAGAAGGGAGGAAAAGAAAUACAGGGAAGCAAUGCACAAAAAUCUCUAGAGUGUAUUCUCCGUACAGGAAUAAGUGGGAAAUUGAGAUGGGGAGAGUUGACACCACCGGGGACAUCAGUUUUAGAAAGUAAAUUAAAAAGUGAUAACAAAAUUUGGCCGUUGAUAGAGAAGGCACGAGAAAGCUGUACACCAAAAAGAACUAAUACAAAGCAAAAAAGAAAAAUACCUGAAUCGAAAGAAAUAGCUGAAUCAAAAUGGCGAGCCCCAACAGAGUGGAAAUGA